CAAUGCGGGGUGCGAGGUCCACACUGUGCCGCCCAGCGAGGAGCGGUUCUCCAGGACGGCCCCGAAACCCGCAAAAGGAGUUUCUUAGGAAGCGAGGCGGACGCGUGGCCCAGGCCGACCAGCAGACGUAGUUACUGCCUUAGAGUAUAUUUUUUUAACUGUUUUUGAGCGACUAAAUUACAUCUUGGGAAGAAGUGCUUGUCUGUGAGGGCGAGCCGGCAGUGUGCCCUCGUGCUCAAGAACGCCAAUGGCAUCCUGGGAUGCAUCAACAGGUCGAGGGAGGUGCUACUCCCCCUCUCCUCUGCCCUGGUGAGGCCUCAUCUGGAGUCCUGUGUCCAGUUCUGGGCUCCUCAGCUCAAGAGGGACAGGGAACUUCUGGAGAGAGUCCAGCACAGGGCCACCGAGAUGAUCAGGGGACUCGAGCAUCUUCCCUAUGAGGAAAGGCUGUGUCAUCUGAGGAGGGGAGGAGCUCAUCAACACUUAGAAGUAUCUAAAGGGUGGAUGGAUAAAUACCUAAAGGAUGGGGUGACACUUUUUCUGUAGUGUCCAGUGCCAGGAUUAGGGGUAAUGGACAGAAGUUGGAACAAAAAAAAAUUCCACUUAAACACAAAGAAAACCUUUUGCAUGAGAAUGAAGGAGCACUGAUGCGGGCUGCUCAGGGAGGUUGUGGAGUCUCCUUUUCUGGAGAUUUACCAAAACCCACUCAGUCCUCUGUGAGCUGUGAACCUGUUUUAGCAGGGGUUGGACUGGGUGAUCUUUAUAAGUCUCUUCCAACCCCUGCCAUUCCGUGAUUCAGUGGUGAAGCACUGGCACAUGUUGUGCAAGAGAUAUGGCUGCCUCAUCCUGCAAAUUUUCAAGGGCAGGCUGAAGAAGGCUUUCCUCAACAUGGUCUAGAAGAGCAUGUCCCUGCCUGUGAUGGAGUGUUUGGAACUAGAUGAUCUUAAAGGUGUCUUCCAACCCAAACCAUUCUGUGAUUCUAUGAUUUUUAAACAUGCUUGGACACCUGUUCAGAUAAAGGAGUUUGGUGCGAUAAAUAAAAUUGACUUCUCCCCAGUUCCUCCGUAUAACUAUGCUGUCACAGCUUCCUCAAGGAUCCACAUUUAUGGUCGCUACUCUCAGGAACCAAUUAAAACGUUUUCUCGCUUCAAAGAUGCUGCUUAUUGUGCCACAUACAGAGAUGAUGGCAACCUGCUUGUUGCUGGCAGCGAGGAAGGUAGCAUUCGCCUCUUCGACAUCAGUGGAAGAGCACCACUGAGGCAAUUUGAUGGCCACACUAAAGCUGUUCACAUCGUAGGCUUCCUAUCUGAUAAAUACCGAAUAUUUUCUGGUGGUGAUGAUUAUUCGUCAAGUCUGUGGGAUAUUCCGAGUGCUACAGAAAUUGUCUCAUACAGUGAACACACUGACUAUGUGAGAUGCGGCUGUGCGAGUAAAGUGAAUGCAGAUGUCUUUAUAACAGGUUCCUACGAUCAUACUGUGAAGCUGUUUGAUGCACGAACAAAAAGUAGUGUCAUGACAAUAGAACAUGGCCAGCCUGUGGAGAGUGUCCUUCUAUUCCCUUCUGGUGGGCUUCUAGUAUCUGCAGGAGGUCGAUAUGUCAAAGUUUGGGAUGUACUAAAGGGUGGACAAUUACUGGUUUCACUUAAAAAUCACCAUAAAACUGUAACUUGUUUAUGCCUGAACAGCUCUGGACAAAGGUUAUUGUCAGGAUCCCUGGACAGGCACGUGAAAAUUUACAGUACUACUUCCUACAAAAUAGUCCACAACUUUAACUAUGCAACAUCCAUCCUCAGUCUUGCAAUGUCGCCUCAAGAUGAAACUAUAGUUGUAGGCAUGACCAAUGGGGUGCUGAAUGUCAAACACAGAAAACCUGAAGAAAGUAAAGAAAAGUCUGGAAAGAAGAGACAACCAGCAUAUAGAACGUAUGUGAAAGGAAGGACUUACAUGCCGAAACAGGAAGAUUUCUGUGUUAGUAAGCCUGUAAAACGUGUUUUGAGGAAAUACGACAAGCUGCUGAAGAGCUUUCAGUCUUCCAAGGCCCUUGAUGCAGUAUUGGAGCCACCCAUCAGGCUUUACACUCCUGAGGUUACGGUUGCAGUCAUGCAGGAACUACAUCGCAGAGGAACACUGCGGAGUGCCCUUGCAGGUCGAGAUGAGAAGCAAAUUAAUCUCCUUCUUACCUUUGUGGCAAGGCGUGUCAUUGAGCCUAGGUUUACCCCUAUACUGGUGACUGUCGCAGACAUGAUCACUGACAUUUAUCACCCUGUGGUUGGGCAGUCAGCAGUUGUUGACAGACAAUUCUUGAGACUUCAGGAAGCUAUAGGAAAAGAGAUUGACUAUCAAGAGGAACUACUAGAAGUUUUGGGAAUGAUGGAUACACUGUUUGCUACUUUUACUACAAAAAAAUCUAUGUAUCUAGAAGAAAACAAAAGCAACGGUCUUACAGAGACCAUUGAAACAAAUAGAAAUAACUGACUGAUAGCCACCACAGCAAAUUGCUACAAAAAUACACGACCUCUUCUCCUGAUAACUUUUUUUAAUAGUGACUUUCAAGGCAAGCCGCUCUGUGAUGAAGUGCUGUAUUCCAAACUAUGUUUUGGAAUAGGCCGAAUUACUGAAGACAGCAAAAGAAGGAUAUUUUCAAGAUUUUCCAUGCAAUAUUUUGCAAAUGAGUGAAUUUUAAAGUUUUAUUCCAAAGUUAAUGUAACUUUUUAAGGAGGGGUUUGUGCAUCCAGUACUAAGUCAUUAUUUGAUUUAGAGAAACAGCAAUCUUUAGUUUUUAUUUAAUAGACAAUAGUCAGGGUUUGUCUAAUUUUAAUAUGUAGUUAUCUUUAUUUAAGGUUAAUAUCCCAUCUCAUGUGCUUGGUCGUAGGACUAAAACUGCUUAUGUACUUGCUAAAACGUGACAACAUUUUGGUUUCUCUCCCUACAUCUCCAUCACAGACUUCCAUGAAUUAAUAGGAAAUGGCAAAAAAAAUAAGACAAGUCAAGAAAACAAGUACAUGACUGUGUGUAUUAGUUUCAUUUUUUAGGUACCACAAAUACAUUUACAAAUUCUAGUUGAUAUCAUGAAUAUGGCGACAGGCGUGUUAAAGUGUCAAUGCUGUAUCUGCCUUUCUGCUCAGGGAGUUGAACAUGUGGAAGUGGAGGAGGAGAAUGGCUACUAGAUGAGCUCCCAAACCUCAAUUAUUUUGUGGAUUGUGAUGCUGUUUCCCCACCUGAAAGGUAGCUUAGGAUCUGGUAGGUGUGUUGCAUCAUCAACUGAAUUUACAAAGGGAUGUUAAAAUUGCUCUUACAAAAUACCUGUUAUUCACACUUCUGUUGCUUCCUGCAUCUCUUUCACCAUCAAAUGAAGUGAAAAUAGAUGAUGAUUGUCUCUGGUUUUUGGCGUUUUGGGUUGUUCAAGUAUUUGGUUUCAGAUACUAUUGCUGGCUUUCACUGUACUUCCAAUUAAAAACUGUUUUUUCCCCAUA